ACUCUAACGAACGCUCCGCAUGUCUUCAGUUUGUUGUUUUUAAGUGUAUUAUUUAUCAUUUAGGUGCAAUAUUAGAAAGAUAAAGUAGUUGCUAAAGCGACCCUUAAAUAAAUACUAAUGAGGCGAGCUAACAAGUGGCUAAUUGCACGCUAAGCUAGCUAACGUUAUGGCUCCUGGCUAAAGUUGAUACUUCAGUUAAUUAAACAUUAAUAGGGCCAUAAUUGACGUAUUACCAUCCUUGCAUUGCUUUUGCUAUGUUUUGCACUAUGAUGACCCUCUGACUAAGUGAGCACCGCUCUUUUGUCUGUGUACGUGUUUGUUUAGUGAAAGUUUUGAAGGAGUAAAUCAAAGAGAGUCGAAAGAGGCCUUGUGGCGAAAUAACACGGUUUGAAUCCAGCCCAGAUGGUGCUGUAUUACAGAGUUUAAAUAUGAAAAGUUGCAGCAGUACUUAGAGGUUCUUGUUAUAACUGAGUCGUGUGACAUCAGCAGCAGCACUAAUGGCGGAGUGGAACGCCUUCUACCACAACGAGGAUGAGGAGGAGGAGCAGGAGGAAGGGGAGCAGUCUGGAGGUGACAUGGAAACUCUUCACCUUAAACUCAAACAUCAAUGCACUUCUGCCAGCUAUUAUCAAUCACUAUUACAGAAUCACUGGAAGAGACAGUCUGGUGUUUUUGGUUGACGCCUCCAAGGAAAUGUUCAUCAAAGGGGAAGACGGACAGCCUUCCAACUUUGAUAUGACCAUGCAGGUUGUGCGCAGUGUGUAUAUGAGUAAGAUCAUCAGUAGUCACAGGGACCUGGUGGCUCUGGUUUUCUAUGGCACAGAGCAGAGCAAAAACCCCAGGAACUCAUUCAAGCAUGUCUACGUGUACCACGACCUCGAUGAGCCCGGUGCAAAGCGAGUCCAGGACAUAGAUUCUCUGCGGGGGGAAAAAGGCGCUCAGCUUGCAGCAGAGACUAUGGGCAGUGGAGAAACAUCAUUUGGAGACGCCUUGUGGUGCUGCGCAAACCUCUACAGUGACAUCAAACUUCGCCUCUCACACAAGCGGCUCAUGAUCUUCACCUGCAGGGAUGAGCCACAUGGGGGCGACAGUGUGAAGGACCGACAGGCUCGAACGAAGGCCGGUGAUCUCAAGGAGACUGGUGUUGUUAUUGAUUUAAUGCACCUGAUGAAACCGGGCGGCUUCAAUGUCUCACUCUUCUUUUGUGACAUUAUAAGUCCACUGGAGGAUGAGAGUGAGUUGGGGCUGCAGGUGGAGCCUUGUGAAAAACUGGAUGACCUCAAGAAGCGUGUCCGGGCAAAGGAGCAGAAGAAGAGAGCCAUGGCCAGGUUAAACUUGUGUCUUGGUGAGGGCUUAAAUGUAGCUGUGGGAAUUUAUCCAACUGCUGUGACGGCUCGGAAACCAGUGGCCAUCAGACUUUACAGGGAAACAAAUGAACCGGUCCGCAGCAAAACUCGCACCUUCCACACCCAGACUGGCAGUCUGCUGCUGCCCAGUGAGAUAAAGAAAGCCCAGGUGUAUGGUAACAAACAGAUAGUGAUGGAGAAGGAUGAGGUGGAUGCCAUCAAGAAGUUUGAUGACCCUGGACUGCUUCUGAUUGGAUUCAAACCUAUGGAAAAGCUCAAACUGCACCACCAUAUCCGGCCUGCCGUCUUCCUCUAUCCUGAGGAGGAUCAAGUGAAAGGUAGUGCAUGUCUGUUCUCUGCCCUGUUGAAGAAGUGCAGUGAGAGGAAUGUGUUUGCUCUGUGUCGUUGCAUCACCCGCCGAAACAACCCGCCUCGAUUUGCUGCUUUGGUGCCUCAGCUUCAGGAGGUUGAUGAGGGGAAUGCACAGAUUACACCACCAGGUUUCAAUGUCAUUUACCUGCCAUUUGCUGAUGACUUGCGGACUCUGGAUCCUCCUCACUACCCGGCAGCCUCACAAGUACAGGUGGACAAGAUGAAGGAGAUCGUCUCCAAGCUCCGCUUCAAAUACAGGAGUGAUUCUUUUGAGAACCCAGUCAUCCAGCAGCACUACAGGAACCUGGAAGCCCUGGCUCUAGAUAUGAUGGCUCCAGAAGACAUAGAGGACCUCAUCAUGCCAAAAGUGGAGCAGAUCGAUCAACGUCUGGGUCCUUUAGUCGACGAGUUUAAGGAUCUAGUUUACCCUGAAAACUACAACCCAGAGAGCAAACCAGCUGCCAAACGCAAAACAGCUGACAGUGGAGGUGGAGCCGAGAAGAAGCCCAAGGUGGAGGUGACAGAAGACGAGUUGAAGGUCCAUGUGCAAAACGGUACUCUGGCUAAGCUGACCGUUCCUGUGCUGAAGGAGGCCUGUAAGCAGUUUGGGGUUCGGACAACUGGGACCAAGAAGCAGGAGCUGAUAGAUGCUCUGAUCGCCAAACUGGGCUAAUGAGGAGUUGGUGUUGAAUUCACUGUUUAUCCGCUUUGAUCAAACUUUGUAAUCCUUUUGAAACGCAAGUACCCUGUGAUGAUUUGGGGGUUUUGUUUUUGUUUUACUUUUCACUGUGUGGCUGUAAAUUAUGAGAUGGACAAGACGCUGUGUUCAGUGGGCAACACAAGCAUUUGGGUUGAUAAGACUCAGUGAAGAUACACAUUACCAUUAAUUUUUGAAUGUAAAAAAAAACAAGACCUCUGAAAUAGUUCAUGUAGAUCAAGCAGUUCAAGGUUCUAAAGAAGUCCAAAGGCAUUGAAAACAUGGUUGUAAAAAUUGUGUAACUUUUGUUGGCACUGUUAUAUUUGCAUAUAAUAAAACUUUAAAUAACCUUU